UGAAAGGAGAAUCACGUGUGCGCGUUUGUCGAGAGACAGUCUGUCUGCUUCUCUCCCUGUUGUUGAUAUAUAUGUACACUUAAAUACCUACUUAUUUACGUUUUUCGUAUGUAUUUUGGAUCUUCCUCUCGAGAAAGUACCUAUAUUAAUAAUUUUGGCACAGUCCACGGCUGUUGUUGUUUCAUGUCGUUUGACAGUCUUCAUUGCAAGAUCAAGCGAAUCUCAAACAAGGAAAAUGUCAGGACGCAAGGUAUCGGACGCCGUGGCAGUAGUGCGUGGAAUGAAGAUCGUGGUGGACGCGUUGUUGCGCGAACAGGAGAGACGUUUUCCUCAAGUUACCAAGUCAGCAUCUGUUAACAUUCAGAACCUCGCUGACGAGGGUUUCCAAGGUUUGGAGAAAUUAGUGGGCAAUUUAGAUGCAAGUAAGGUUCCUGAGAACUUGACGAAAGAUUUGAAGGAAUUCGCAGAACGAUUAUACGUUAUUGAGAAAGGAUUAUCCGAAUACUCAAAAGUCAGGCUUGAGGAGAUUCUUAAAGUUAAUAACAUUUCGGACAUAUUGACUAAAGAUUUGAGUGAUUUUAGUAAGAGGUUGCACGUUUACAAUCCAGCCAAGGAUCCAAAAGAAGUGCCUCGAGAAACAGAGCCAAGUACAAAAAAUACAGAAACUGUGACAUCGGAAACCAUUCAGAGCGCAAAAACCUCAGCUCAAAACGAAACUACCACAAAGGGAUCACCAUUGAAGUAUUCGAGCAUCAAGGAAAAAAUCCAUGUCAUUUCUCAAGCACCAAAAAUCGAGUUGUCUGAAAAAGAUAAGGCGGUCCUAAGAAAACUUGAACGAGAGCACGAAGAAAAAAUCAAGAAACAACAAGUUACAGAGUCUCAAAAUUCAGACAAGCCAUCAACUAAUGAACGUGAGAAAAAGCACAAAGACUUGGCUGAAAAGAGCUCGAAUGAACGUUAUUCUACGCAAUCUGUAAAUAUUGAAAAUAAAGAAAAUGUAAAAAAACUAACUCCUAGUCCGAAUCCAAACAUUAAACCAAAAGGCACGUUAUCAGAAACAGCGAAGGCUAGAAAAGUUCCGUCAUCCAGGAUCGGCAGAAUGGUCAGUUUUGGCACUCUCGGAGUCGGUCUGGGUGUCGGCACGCUAGCCGAGUACACUAGACGAACCUUAGGAUUUAAAGAACAGAGCAUCAGCCAGACACUUGAUAGUAUGUUUCUUACAAAAGCGAACGCCGAACGAAUCGUAUCAACACUGUGCAAAGUACGUGGUGCAGCAUUAAAAAUCGGACAAAUUCUCAGUAUACAAGAUAACAAUGUUAUCAGUCCAGAACUACAAAAAGCUUUUGAAAGAGUCAGACAGAGCGCAGAUUUCAUGCCGGCUUGGCAAGUUGAAGUAAGCAUCUUUUUUUUUUGAUUUAUUAUUAUAGGUCAAGUUCAUCAUGCAACACUGCCUGGUGGUAGAGCUGUUGCAAUUAAAAUUCAGUAUCCAGGAGUGGCUGCUAGUAUUCAAAGUGACAUAGAAAAUUUAGUUGGGGUAUUGAAGGUAUGGAAUGUCUUUCCAGAAGGUAUGUUUAUCGAUAAUCUUGUUGAAGUUGCUAAACGUGAAUUAGCAUGGGAAGUAGAUUAUGUAAGAGAAGCCGAAUGCACUAGAUUAUACAGAAAAUUUGUGGAACCUUAUCCAGAGUAUUAUGUGCCUGAAGUUAUUGAUGAAUUGUGUACUUCGGAAGUAUUUACUUCAGAACUAAUUGAGGGUGUACCGGUAGAUAAGUGUGCUGAAAUGAGUAUGGAAACUAGAGAACAUAUUUGCAAGCUUGUAAUGAAAUUGUGCUUAAAAGAAUUGUUUGUAUUUCGUUACAUGCAAACUGAUCCUAACUGGUCAAACUUUUUUUACAAUGAAAAAACAAAACAGCUAAUACUAUUAGAUUUUGGAGCAUGUAGAGAUUACAGUAAGGAAUUUAUGGAUAAAUAUAUUGAAGUAAUAAAUGGUGCUAGUGAAGGAGAUAGAAACAAAGUAUUAACAUUGUCCAGAGAAAUGGGAUUCUUAACUGGAUAUGAAUCGAAGAUAAUGGAAGAGUCGCACGUUGACGCGGUGAUGAUUUUGGGUCAAGUAUUUGACAGAGAUCAUGAAUAUUUUGAUUUCGGAGGUCAAAAUGUAACCAAAAGGAUACAAGCCUUAGUACCGACUAUCAUACACCAUCGUUUGUGCCCGCCUCCAGAAGAAAUAUAUAGUUUACACAGAAAGUUGUCCGGCGUAUUUUUAUUGUGUGCAAAAAUGAACGUCAAAAUCAACUGCCGGGACAUGUUCCGCGAAGUAUAUAGAAAUUACAAAUUUAAAUGAUUUGUAACUUUUGAUAAUUGUAUUGUUAGUGUAUGAUAAUAUUGAUA